AUGGCUAACAAGGUGUCAUCACCAAAAGGAUCAUGCCUGCUUUUGCUGCUGGUGGUGUCCAACUUGCUCCUGUGCAAGAGUGUGUCCUCUAUGUCUGUCUGUCCCUACGGGGAUGGCAAAUGCCAGGUGCCGCUCUGGGAGAUGUUCCAGCGUGCAAUCCACGUGGCUAACUACUUCCAUAUUCUCGCCGCAGAAACAUUCAGCGAAUUUGAGAAACAUUAUGGCCUGGGUCAAGAAUUUAUGACCAUGGCCAUGAACAACUGCCAUACUGCUUCCAUCAGUACUCCUCACACCAAAGAAGAAGCACAAAAAUUAGAUACUGAAAAUCUUCUGAAGAUAAUAUUCCAGUUGCUACGCUCUUGGAAGGACCCUCUCAAUCAUCUAGUCUCUGAAGUGCAAGGCGUACAAGGAAUCACCAACAGUAUAUCAUCAAAAACCAAGGCGAUCGAGGAAGAAAGCAAACGACUUCUAGAAGGCGUGGAGAAGAUCAUUGACCAGGUUGAGCCUGGAGUCAAAGAAAGUGAAUCCUACUCUGUUUGGUUGGGACUUCCAUCUCUGCAGACGACUGAUGAAGACUCUCGUCGGUUAGGUUUUUAUACCGUGUUCUUUUGCAUGCGCAGGGAUUCAAGCAAGAUUAACUCUUUCUUCAAGCUUCUUUACUGCCGAAUUUUCUUCCAAAACAACUGCUGA